AUGCUCCAAAGCAGACUAGAUAAGGCACAAAGUUUGCAUCCGCACAUUGUUACCCAACUUGAUCCGUUACCUGAACCGCAAGCGAAUUGCUUCUUCGACGUCAUCUAUGAAUUGCCAGCAAGCGUAUUUGUUGACCCAAAUCAACUAAGCAACUUGCCAUCGUUCGAGCGUCAUUGGGUGUUUGGAGAAACCGACCUUGAAGUACCUCUCGAACACGUCAAAGAAACACGGGGUAGCGUGGUGAUUGUGCGUCAAAAGCCUACGGAUAUUGAACACGAGCUCGAUCUUCCUAUUCAUUUGCGAUAUCAGCGACCAUCCGACAAUGAUAGUUUUAGAGACAUCAAGAUUUCAGCUCCUCGAGUAGGAUGGACAUGUCCUUUGCAGCAGCGACAACAACACCCCGAUGACCAUGACAACGUUAUCAACAUCAGCAAUAAUUUGCCACCCAUUCCAGAGGUUGCCAUGAUACCAUCCCAUCGUAUGGAUCCCACCCUGUACGAGUUUCAUCCCUUGGAAAGCAAUGAAACCAUCCUCAAACUUCAAGUACCCGUGGGUAAUACUCAGGAUGCGAACAUGGUGCAAUGGGGAACAGCGUUAUGUGUAUUGGCAUGUACAAGUUGGAUCGGUUGGUCUGUAUGGAGGAGUAUUCAAAAAAGACGACGUUACGAAGCCAAAGGCAAACGGAGGAAAUCAGAAUAG